AUAAUGGAAAAAUUGCAUUGACAUACAUUAUAUAAUUUAAAAACAUAUACUAUAAAUUCAAUGGAAGGCUUACCUUCUCGUAUAUAUUAUAUAUAAGCAAAAGAGUUCGCUUCCAGCAUAACCAAAAUCAACAAAAAAAGAAGAAGAAGCAAAUUUACAGAAAGCAAAAAACAAAAAUCACCAAGUAUAAAACUUCUUAUUUUCAAUUCCGAAGUUUUCAUUUGAUAUAUUUCAACUUCCUCUUUACAAAUUAAGGUGUGUUUUUGAUCCUUCUAUGUUACCUUUUCAAUAUAAAAUUUAAACAGCUCUUCUUGAAGAUCCAUGGCAGCCAUAGAUCUCUCAGAACCUUUCAAAGAAGAGCUCAUGAAAGUCCCUAAACCUUUCACCAACUCUGUUUCUUCUCUUUCUCCAAUUCCAAACUCAAUCUUCGGUUUCAACCAAACCACACCUCUCGGUCUUAACCAUCUCACACCUUACCAAAUCCACCAGAUACAAAACCAGCUUAACCAGAAACGCAACACAACCAUCUCAACCCUCUCCCCAAAGCCAGUACCAAUGAAGAACAGAACAACUCAGAAACUCUACAGAGGAGUUAGACAAAGGCACUGGGGAAAAUGGGUUGCUGAGAUCCGUUUACCCAAGAACCGGACCCGACUCUGGCUUGGAACUUUCAACACAGCCGAAGAAGCAGCCAUGGCUUAUGAUCAAGCUGCUUACAAGCUCCGAGGUGAAUUAGCAAGACUUAAUUUCCCACACAACAGGCACGAGUAUGGCGAAAGCAGCUUCAAGCCUCUUCAUCCCUCUGUUGAAGCAAAACUCGAGGCGAUUUGUCAGAACUUGAGAAAAACAGAGGAUGAUGAUGAUCUCCCCUGUUCUGAAACAGAGCUUUUCCCGCCAAAAUCAGAGUAUCAAGAAAGUGAAUGUAAGUCUUUGAGAGCUGACGAGAGUUUGUUUUCUGAUGAGUCUCAGGUGGGAUCUUCGUCUUCGGAUACGUUCUUGGAUUUUUCGGAUUUAGGGUUUGAUGAGACUGGGAGUUUCGUGCUGGAGAAGUUUCCUUCUGUGGAGAUUGAUUGGGAUGCGAUUAGCAAGUUGUCCGAAUCCUAGGAGUCUGUCUUCGACUCAGUGUCUAUUGAUGUCUCAUAUUAGUUACUUAAUCUCUUCAACUGAAAUUUUUACAGUUGCAGAGACUAGUUUAAGGCUAAAGAAGUCCUUCUCUGUGUAUUUGGUCUAGCUGGUUUAUGUUUCUUUUAUUGUUCAGAAACCUUGUCAUUGACCAAUCAGAGAAGGGUUUUUUGUGUAUGCUCAUAUUUUAAGUUUUAUUGAAUGUAUAUAUUAUUACACUUUUAUAUUAGUCCUUUUUAUGUUCAUUUUUUCCUAUUUC